GUCCGCAGCUAACGCUGACGUCGACUUCUUACCCCAAAUGGCGACGCAGACAGCAUACAUGCCAACGAGCCGUUGUAGUUUUAUGUUAUUGUGCAAAAAACGGACAGUAAGCAUGGCUCAUACCAAAUCCAACAUUUGGGAAUCCCUUUUUUUUUUCUUGACGAUAUUGUCCAUGAUGCACAUGUCAUUGGCUGAUGGAAAGACACUCGUUUUGUUGGACAACCUCAACAUCAGAGACACCCAUUCAAUCUUCUUCCGCAGUUUAGCAGAUCGUGGCUUUGACCUUUCGUUCAAGACUGCCGAUGAUCCUUCUCUCUCCCUGAUCAAAUAUGGACAAUUUCUCUAUGACCACCUCAUCAUCUUCUCCCCAUCUGUUGAAGACUUUGGAGGCAACAUUAAUGUUGAGACCAUCACUUCUUUCAUCGAUGGGGGAGGCAAUGUCUUGGUUGCUGCCAGCUCUGAUAUUGGUGACCCCCUGAGAGAGCUGGGCAGUGAAUGUGGGAUUGAGUUUGAUGAAGAGAAGACUGCUGUCAUUGACCAUCACCAUUACGAUGUGUCGGACCCUGGUGAGCAUACGCUGAUUGUUGCUGAUCCAGAGAAUCUUCUAAAGGCACCCACUAUCGUUGGGAACCCCAAUGACAAACCCAUCCUCUUCAAAGGUGUUGGCAUGGUGGCAGACCCAGAUAACCCUCUGGUCCUGGAUAUUCUGACUGGCUCCUCAACCUCCUACUCCUACUUUCCAGACCGACCUAUCACACAAUACCCCCAUGCUGUUGGAAAGAACACUCUUCUGAUUGCUGGGCUCCAGGCCAGGAACAAUGCCCGAGUGGUAUUUAGUGGCUCACUGCACUUUUUCAGCGAUGCCUUCUUCAACUCUGCUGUACAGAAAGCCACUCCUGGCUCCCAGAGGUUCGCUCAUACUGGGAACAUGGAGUUGGCUGAGGCGUUGUCCCGUUGGGUGUUCAAGGAGGCUGGCGUACUCCGGGUGGGAGCUGUUACCCAUCAUCCUGUUGGGGAAAGCACCCCUCCUGCAGCCUACACUAUCACAGACCUUGUGGAGUACAGCAUUGUUAUUGAGAUGCUGUCUGAGGGCAGCUGGGUUCCUUUUGAUGGGGAAGACAUACAGUUGGAGUUUGUGAGAAUUGACCCCUUUGUCAGGACCUACCUCAAGAAAAAGGGAGAUAAAUAUAGCAUCCAGUUCAAGUUGCCUGAUGUGUAUGGAGUGUUCCAGUUCAAGGUGGACUACAACAGGCUAGGCUAUACACACCUGUAUUCCUCCACUCAGGUAUCGGUUCGUCCGCUGCAGCACACCCAGUAUGAGCGCUUCAUCCCCUCAGCUUUCCCUUACUACGCCAGUGUUUUCUCCAUGAUGGCAGGACUCUUUGUUUUCAGCGUAGUCUUCCUUCACAUGAAAGAAAAGGAGAAGUCUGAUUAGGGAAAUGGUAGAGAAACGUUUAUUAAAUAAGAUGGGAUGGAUGGUAGAUACAGAAUUUGCCUUAUUGAGGUGAAGGGUGACGUUCUUGUCAGCAUGAAAUCGUCUGAGAGAGCUUGGAAGGGUUGGUGAGAAUGUAUGCUUGUAUUUGAGGACUUUGCAGGCAAAUUGUCAACUGUGGCUGAGAUUGUCUUUGUACAAAAAUAAGAGAAAUUUGAAAAAUAAUCUGUGCAAAUCUCUGAAUUCAGUCAAGAAUUGGAUGUGGUUGCUUUGAGGUCAGUGUAUCAGGUGGAGCACUUGUUUUGAAAAAUCUCAGUACUUUUUUCCUUUUUUUUUUUUACCAUUUAAUGUGGAUCAAAACAUGUUUAUGUGGUACAAGCACUGAAUAGUCUUUUCUUCAAAUAAAACUUGUUUCUAUUGGUAAGACAAACAUGUUUGCAACAAGAAAGUUACACAAAUCCCUAAAACUACAAUUAAAAUAUAAACAUUCCACUGUA